AUGAGUCAAGAAAAAAACAACUGCACGUCAGUUGAUGAGUCGUUAAAGUCAUACUACCUGCCUGUGAUGUACAGUAUCAUCUGUGUAGUGGGACUUGUGGGGAACAUCAUCUCAAUCACCAUUUACCUGGUGAAGUUGCGUCCAUGGAAGAGUAGUAGCAUCAUCAUGGUAAAUCUGGCCAUAGCUGACCUCCUCUAUGCCAGCAGCAUGCCCCUUCUGAUUCACAACUACAUCUCUGGCAAGUGGAUCAUGCAUGAGAUUGUGUGCAAAUUUGUCCGGUUCAGCUUCCACUUCAACCUGUACGGCAGCAUCCUCUUCCUCACUUGUCUGAGUGUGUUCCGCUACGUGGUGGUGCUGCACCCUCUGAGGGCGGCCCAGGUGCAGAGGAAGAGCUGGGGCAUCCUCGCCUGCCUGGCGGUCUGGCUCGUCUCCCUGGCGGAGAUCUCUCCCAUGCUCACCAUGGUCACCGUGGAAAAAAAAGGCGACAGGACAGUAUGCCUUGACUUUGCCAGUAACGAUCCGGCAGAGACUGUGUGGUUGUAUGGCUGGUUGCUCACAGUGCUAGGCUACCUGCUUCCCCUGGUGGUGGUGUCCUGGAGUUACAUCUGCAUUGCCAGGGAGCUGAAAGUAGGGCCUCACAACGGCCAGUCUGGCCGAGUACGAGCCCGCAAGCUGACAGUGAUGAUCCUAGUGGUGUUCGUUCUAUGCUUCAUGCCCUACCACAUCCUGCGCUGCUUACGGCUGUACACCAGGACUCUGGGCUCCGUGUCUUGCAUUCUGGAAAAGGGGGUCAAUGCUGCCUAUAUCAUCUCCAGGCCCCUGGCAGGCCUCAACACCUUCUUUAACCUGGCUCUGUACACCCUGGCUGGGGAUAGAUUCCAACAGGCCUUGCUAGGUCUCCUUCAGUGGAGGCCGAGUUUCACCAGGACAUCUAUUAGCAAACCAAACAUCAACAGCAUCUCAAGGGCUUGCCUUGUAAAUCUGAAAUAGAUAUUUUUUUGUAUAU